GUGCUCUCCGAAGACGCACGAGCAGACGGAUAUGCAAAUUUUUACGCAGUGUCUGAAUGGUGGACACUGAAGACAGCAUUUACACAGUGGUUCACGAAGAACUACACUUCGGUCUACCAGCCACUUGCUGCACAAAUGGAUAUCAGCACCCAUCAGCACGCAGUGCACUCAGUGCUCGUCCCACCGAUGGCAGAGUGUCACACCAUCAUGAGCAUCCUCCCGGUUUGGAGGGCCCCAAACCGGGAAGCCCCGGAAACGGGCAUCAUGAGCAUCAGCCGUCUUUGGGGCGGACCACACAGACGCAUCAUGAGCAUCAGCGGCACUGCUCGGCGGUGCAAUAACAGGCAGUUCUGGCAGGUCGCUCGCCGUCCCUCGUACAAGGGCGCCGUGGACUCCGUGAGUUCAAUGCCUGUCGAUGCAACUACGAUUCCUGGGAUGAUCUUGGUGUUGGGAUCUAUUCUUCCGUCGUCUACUUUGUCUGGCGAUGCUGUCUCCGAGUGCUACAAAACACUGCAGACAAUGGAAGAAUGCAUGCAGAUCAAUAAAAAGCUUUAUCUCAUCCCCGGAGAAGAAGCCUAUGCUCUGGAGGUUUGCGAAAACCACGUCCGCUUGAGCGCCUUGAAGUCAGUUCUGAAGGAGUUGGAGCUCAGUUGGUUGGCCAAGAAGAUGCCAGGAAACUUCGUGGACAGGCUCCCACUCAGUGCCCUGCUCGUCUGUUUCUUCAGGCUGAAGGGUGAUCACGCCUUUUGGGGCCAGCUGACUUUUCGGCGGGCUGUCAAGAGAACCCUGCACUUCUUCAGCCAGCGGGCGGAGGAGGCGCUGGAGAAAGCGCUCGUCGAUGAAUGCCCGUGCCCGCAGGUUGGAGCACGGUGGCACCCCUUUACGAAGAGCAGCCGCCUCAAGGGCAAUAAAGCUCUUCAGCUGAGUGUCGUUUCGCGGUUUAUGUCCCGGGGAGGAGGCUUCAUAUCCAUGAAGUCGGAAGCCCGGCUUUCAGACCUGGGAAUCUGCAAUCACCGAACGGCCCUGGCCUCCAAGACUGCAGGCGAGUUCUGUGUUCGUGCCCUCAGCAAAGCCGAGAAGCACAUCCAACAAGUGCUGGACAAACAGGAAGACACGAAAGUGGUGAACUUCUGUAUGGACGCUGCCUCCAUCUCUCACGAACAAGUGCUGUCGCUGAUCUUCCGAAUGGGAGGCAAGCACUUCUCCGGGGCCACCCAGCUCCUCAACGCGACUUCCCUCAACGAGGAAGAAACUGAGGCGGCGGCUGCCAGUAUGGCCAAGGCCAUGGAUGGUAGCCUGCCCCCCACUGCAAAGGCCGAUGUGGGCAAGGACAAGAAGUUGCACUUUGCUUGGAAGGAAUUCCGAACACCGACGAAGAUGCUCUUAUCUGCCAUGGCAAAUAGCUUGCAGCAGAGCCUCCCAGAAAACUGGACACUGUUGAGCUGCAAGCCCGCGAAUCUCCUGAGGCCUCGAGGGCCCAACAGCGAACGACUGCGCUUCACUGAGAAGGAGAAGGCGGUGCACGGGCUUAAUCCAGAGCACGGCGCAAGGUAUUUCGUUCACAGCUUCGAAGACGCCGAAUCUGUGUGCGACUUCUACAAGCAUGAGGGCUUCUACCACCUCACCUUCGCGGCAGACGAAGGCACGGAGGCGGGCCGGUAG